AUGGACCUCAGCAGUCGCACCUUGGCAAGCAGAUGCCUAGAAUCCGCUGCCUUUGGGACAGAAAGUGCCUCCGACAAAUUCCUCGCCCGACCAAACCACCUGCAACCGCUGUCGCCCCCGGUGCCCCCCACACCCCUCUUCGCUUUCCUCCACGCCAACAAGCAGUACGCUCCAACGACAUCAUCUCUGCCACCCGCCCCUCGACACAAUACCGCCAUCAUGGACGCGAAUCAGAACGACGAGCUCUAUCCAAUCGCCGUUCUCAUCGAUGAACUCAAGCACGACGAUGUCAUUUUGCGAUUGAACGCCAUCCACCGCCUCAACACAAUCGCUCUUGCACUAGGCGCCGAACGGACACGGGAGGAGCUCAUACCUUUCCUCGACGAAUCUGUCGAGGAUGAAGACGAAGUUCUCACAGCGCUGAGCGAGGAGUUGGGCAAGUUUGUCGAAUACGUUGGUGGUCCAGAGCAUGCGCAUGUGCUCCUGUCACCUCUCGAGAAUCUUGCUGCGAUAGAGGAGCCCCUCGUUCGAGAGAAGGCUGUCGAGUCGCUGAACAAGAUCUGCGAGGAACUGUCGCAGCAGCAGAUUGAGGACGCUUUCAUCCCCCUUGUCCUGCGCCUAUCAAAGGCUGACUGGUUUACCUCGAAAAUCUCCGCGACUGGUCUUUACCAGACUCCGUACUCGCGCGCCACACCGCCCUCGCAAGAAGCGCUCAGGCAGCACUACGGACAGCUUGUGCACGAUGACACACCCAUGGUUCGGAGACAGGCCGCCAACAACCUCGCAAAGUUCAUCAAGGCAAUGCCACCAGCGAUUGUCAUUGACGAGAUGAUUCCGCUUUUCCAGCACCUCGCUGCAGAUGACCAGGACAGCGUCCGUCUUCUGACGGUAGACAUCUUGAUCGCAAUCGCAGAGGCAGUACCCAAGGAGCAGCAGUCAAGUCAUGGUGUACUGCUGACGGCGCUUCGCAGUCUGUUUGAGGAUAAGAGCUGGAGGGUGCGAUACAUGGUUGCAGAUCGGUUUGAGAAGAUUGCGAAGGCCGUCGACGAGGAGGUCGUCAACCGUGACUUGGUCCCAGCGUUCGUCAAGCUUUUAAAAGACACCGAAGCGGAGGUCCGCAGUGCCAUUGCAGGGCAGAUCCCUGGCUUCUGUGCACUGCUCGAACGCGAGACGCUUCUCCACGAGGUCAUGCCCAGCAUUGAGGAAUUGGUCUCUGACCAGUCGCAGCAUGUUCGCGCUGCUCUUGGCACUCAGAUUAGCGGGCUGGCCCCAAUCCUCGGGAAAGAAGAGACCAUUUCACACCUUCUACCCAUGUUCCUUCAAAUGCUCAAGGAUGAGUUCCCUGAUGUUCGUCUGAACAUUAUCUCGAAGCUUGAGUCUGUGAACAACGUCAUCGGCAUCGAGCUGUUGUCCCAAUCCCUUCUCCCUGCUAUCGUUCAGCUUGCUGAAGACAAGCAAUGGCGCGUACGACUUGCUAUUAUCGAAUACGUACCUCUUCUUGCGUCUCAGCUCGGUGUCAAAUUCUUUGAUGAGAAGCUGAGCAGCUUGUGCAUGAGCUGGCUCGGCGACACCGUCUUCUCUAUUCGUGAAGCGUCCACCCAGAACCUCAAGAAGCUUACAGAGGUCUUCGGUGUGGAGUGGGCCAACGAUGCGAUCGUUCCCAAGGUCAUGGCUAUGGGCCAACACCCCAACUACCUCUACCGAAUGACAACCUGCUUCGCUGUUUCAACUCUCGCACCCGCUCUCAGCUUGGAUGUCAUCGAACAGUCAAUCAUACCCAUGAUGGACAAACUUGUAAACGACGAUAUCCCCAACAUUCGCUUCAACGUCGCAAAGUCAUACGGCCAGCUUAUCAACACACUGAAGCAGCUACCGGAGGAGGGUACAGUCAUCGCUCUUGAGAAGGCGGGCACACCCGGCCAAGGGUGCCAAAAAGCAACCGACGUCAUCACAAAGAGCAUCCUGCCGAACCUGGAGAAGCUGCAACAAGAUGACGACGUUGAUGUUCGAUACUUUGCAACGACGGCGGCACAGAGUUUCACGGAUGCGAUGCAGACCUAG